GACUUUAUUGUAAGGUACGUCGGCUGCGUUGCACAUCCUGUGCCUGCUGAAACAAGUGUUUUAUCUGUUAUGCGCGGUCUGCUUGAUGUACUGGCAGAGUAUCGCUGAAAGAAGCCCUCACACACACACACACAGAGACAGAGAAAAAGAUUUUACCUCCUCAGCACGCAUCGCACGUCUCAUUUUUCAUUAGCUAUUUGUUCUGCAUCAUCAGCAACCAGCAGCCCCCUCCAAAGUACUCACCUAUAUAACUGCAAAAAAAAAACAUAUUAUAUUUUCUGCCGGUCUCGUGGAGACUCACCACCGCUGGUUUCCGCAACACGCGUGCACGCACACGCACAAGAAAGGAAGCGCUCUUCCUGCAGCGGGGAAGAAGGGCUUGCUUCCUUCGAGUUUGGUGCGCAUUCUGUCCUCGAGCAUCACCACGGUUCGGCGCUUUCACUUCACAUCAUCAUCAAGAGAAUACUUUCGAAAAUGGGCGACGGCCUCAUCAACUUCGCCAAUUUAGGGUGGGUCGGGAUCCUGUUUGCGGCCUACUACCUCGCCACCCACCUCGAUGCCAUUCCCGAGGAUCACAAGCGGAAGGUGAGGGACCUGUAUGAACGUGUGAAGGACUACCCCCUUUCCGCUAUCGUCGUCGCCGCCUGGCUUGCCGUACGCGUCCUCUUCGCCCUGGGCUGGCAACUGCAGCUGGAGUUGCUGCUCGUGAUGAUUGUGUGCAACUACGGUGUCCGCACCAUCGCACGUGCGCGUGGGCGGGCCGCGCAGGACCUGCGCCGCGAGCUGACCGCCUCCGCCAACCCCACUGCGGUGCUCGGCACGCAUCUGCCGGAGUGGGUCAUGUUCCCCAGCGCGAACCGCGUGCAGUGGCUGAACAGCGUCAUUGUGAGCAUGUGGCCGUCGAUUGUCGCCGCGACGGACACCUCGAUGCGGGCGGUGCUGGAGCCGCUGCUGGAGAAGAACCGGCCGUCGUUCGUGAAAGGCUUCCGUAUACACAGUGCGAGUAUCGGGACGAACCCCAUCACCGUGAAUGGGAUGCAGCACCACGCCUACGGCAGCACCGAGACAACGCUCGAUAUUAAUGUGUCGUGGACGGCGGACAUGGACAUCCGCUUGCUCAUCCGCGUACCGGGUCCCGACAUGGAGGUCUCCGUGACGGACUUCGAGAUGAAGAUGACGGUGCGUGCGGUGCUUGGCCCGCACAUCCCGCAGUGGCCGUGCUUCGCGAACAUCGGCAUCUCCAUCGUGAACACGCCAGAACUCGACUUCAACAUCACGGCGGGAAAGAUUCCGCUCGACGCGGUGCCGGGGCUCGGCGAUUUCCUCGAGCACUUCAUCCGCCGUACGCUGGUUGGGGUGCUGGCCUACCCCAAGUCAAUCGUGAUCCCGAUUGUGAAGGGCUACGAACUCAAGAAAGGCCUCGGCAGCGGCGCGCUGGGCACGCUGAAGGUGCGCUUCCUGCACAUCGGCAACGUGGAGAAGAAGUACAACAAGUACAAGAAGACCCCGUUCUACUGCAAACUGGCGCUGGAGGGGCAGUCGAAGCGGCUGCGGACGGCUUCCUACACCGGCUUCGAAAAGCCCAUGACGGACGCCUUCUCCUUCACCAUGUACGACAACACCGGCAUCCUGCACGUGUGGUUCGCCUUCGACGUCCCGGGCAACGAUCUGCACGUUGGCCAGUGUGACAUCACGACGAAGCAGUUAAUGGAGACGGACCUGGACGAGGUGGAGCUGAUCAUCACGAAGGAGUCCGACGCCUCGCACGCGCGCCGCGUGUCCGUCUUUGUCAAGCCGGAGUUUUUCGCCUUCACGAGUCGGGAGCAGCAGCAGGCGCCGGCCGCGCCGCCCGACACGCCUCCGCCGCGCAUGUCGACGGCGCACUUCCGCGACGAGGUCAGCAUGGGCCGGCCGCCCACCGUCCCGACCUCGCGUGGCAGCACCCCCCGGCACAGCCUCGGUGGAACGACGUGCAACUCGGGCACCCUCUUUGUGCACGUGGAUCGCGCGACGAACUUAAAGAAUCUGGAGUCGGUGGGCAAGUCGGACCCCUACGUGUUGCUGCGAGUGGGCACCUCGACAGCGCGGUCGCCGCACAUCAACAAUAACCUCAACCCCGUCUUUAACUGGGAUGGCGAGGUGGAGGUGGCGAACUGCGAGACGGAUGUGCUGCUGGUGCGCCUGGUCGACAAGAACGUGAAGACAGAUAAGCUCAUUGCCGAGCUGCAGAUGCCGCUGACGCGCUUUACGGAAAACCAGAGCGACAAGAUUAAUGGCACCUUCCCGCUCUCACCGCGAGGCUCCAUCACCUUCUCCGCCAGCUUUAUGCGCCACACGUAG